CUUCAAAGGAUUGACGAAAUGCACGGGGUGCACAAACAAUCAAUUUAUCACCACGGUGACGCUGUUUACGUCGCUUUCGCAACUUCAUACUUUUCACAGCCUAGUAUAUUCUUAAUACAUUUAUCGUAAAGUUGAUGAACGGAGCGAUAUGGAGCCUCAGGAUCUUGAAACGAUUGGAAUGAUCACGUUUGACGGUAUAACGAAGAACUCUCUGCAAUUGCAUCCGGAUGAGAAGCACCUUCUCUAUCCGAUGGGCUACAAGGUCGUCAUAAGGAACAUCGAAACUGGCGAGCAACGAUUUCUCAGCGGUCACACAAAUAAUGUCUCGACAUUGUGUGUCUCUCCGUGCGGUGAAUACGUCGCUUCCGGACAGAACAAUCAUCUCGGUUUCAAGGCCAUGGUGAUUGUGUGGAAUUACAUGGAAGGCACGAUGAAAGGCAGUUACGAGACGCACAAGGUCGGCAUCGUGGACCUAUGUUUUACUUGUAAUAGCGACUUCCUCGUGAGUCUCGGUGGCAGAGACGACGGCAACGUAAUUAUCUGGGACGUCGAAAAGAAUUCUUUAAUUUGCGGUUCAUUCGCCAGCAACGAUACGAGCGGUAACGCAUAUAGUAUUACGAGAGCGCAUCUUCACGGCGAGUGCUUCGUUAGCGCGGGCGACAGGACGCUGAAGAUCUGGUGGAUCGAGGCGGAGAAGCGUCGAGUGCACAAUCUCGACGUGGAAGUGGGCAAAUUGAAGCGUCUCAUCAACUGCAUAGCCGUAGACGAAAAGGACGAGAUCGUCUACUGCGGCACUUCUUCCGGCGAUAUCAUUAAAGCAAGGUUAAAUUUGCGUGACAAUCUGCAAUGCGGAGAACCGGCGUGUUUGCCGGUGAUGAUCGGCUGCUACUCGAAGAUAACGCGCGACCCGAGGAAGAUGAAGAUGGGCGAGGGCGAUCUGUACGCAGGCGGAGUGAAGAGCCUGCUGCUUCUGAAGGAUGGAAAACUGGUAGUCGGUACUGGUGACGGUACCAUCGAGUUGAUCCAAAUAAUAAGCAGGAAAGAGAGCCGAACGCACAAGCAGCCGUCGAAGUUUCCCAAUACACCGCAGAUACUCACUCAUCAAAAAGAAAACGUGUGUAGCGCUAUAACAUCCAUGGUUCUCCAUUUAAACGAAUUCGUUCUGGUUGGGACAUCCUGGUGCGAGAUCUAUCAAAUAAAGCUGUCAAAUUUCACAGAUAUGCGUCUGCUCGUCACGUGUCACACCAGCUGCAUAUAUAGCAUCGCGUUUCCACGCAAUCAUUCGGAGGUAUUCGCAACAGGCAGCAAGAACGACAUCAGGUUGUGGCUACUGGAAAAGCAGAAGGAGAGAGUUCGUGUCACCGUAGCGAAUUUCAUUUGCUCCAGUCUACAGUUCGCACGUGAUGAUCAAAUGCUGCUUUCUGCCUGGAACGACGGCAUAAUAAGAGCGUUCUCGUCGCACAACGGGGACUUAUUUUUUUCUAUUCAUAACGCUCAUACGAAAGCCAUAUCGACGAUUGCCAUCACGAGCGACGAUACUACGCUGAUUAGCGGCGGCUGCGACGGCCAGGUGCGUAUAUGGGACAUAAAAACUGACGUGCGGCAAUUGAUUAAUAUACUGAAGGAACAUCGGGGUCCGAUAACGUCUUUGCAUAUCUCAAGCAACAACGAGGAUCUGAUAAGUUCGAGUACGGAUGGCACGUGCGUUGUUUGGGACAUAAUACGCUGCACCAGGAAACACAUUCUCAUAGGAAACACGAUGUUUAUGAUGGCACAAUUUACGCCCGACGGCAUUCAGAUCUUGACAUGCGGCACUGAUCGGGAGACUCUGGACGGUUCGUUAGUACGGGAGAUCGAAGGCUCGAGCGCCGGAACGAUGAAUUGCGUAGACAUCAGUUUGGAUGGUCGAUGCUUCGUUACUGGUUCCAAUGAUUGCACCAUCAAAAUCUGGGAGUAUAAUAGCGCGGAUCUCACCCACGUUGGUACUUCCCACGCCGCGAUAAUCACCGCGUGUAAGUUCAGUACGGACGGCAAGCAUAUAGUAACAGCAAGCGCUGAUGGAUCAAUUAUAAUAUGGAAACGUCCAUCCGAGGUCUUAAAGGAUUCCAAGAGCGUGCCAGUUCAAGAGGAUGAAUCAGAAAGAGCCGCUAGCUCGACACGUAGCGUGCCCAAUGAGGAUGCGGACAAAUUAUCUUCGCGAAAAGCAGAGGCUGAUGGAAGUGUCGUGAUGGAUCAGACUGCACGAUCCUCUAAAAAAUCUAGUUCAUCAUGUACAAGUAAUCAGAAACCGCCGUCAGUUGCUUCUGAUCGAAGUAAAGGUUCCAAAAAAGAAACGCGCGAAGAAAGAACACCCGUUUGCAAAUGUACAUCGCGAGUCUCGGCAAGCUCCAAAUCAAGUGCAAGCAUACCGAAUCAAUGCCGAUGUAAGGACACAAAGAGUGAUAGAUCAUCUAGCAAAAUAAGGACGAUGGAAAAAUCGAAAGAAUCUUCAGAUUCAUGCAGCAAAAGAUCCAUUACGUAAUAAUAAAAGACAUAAUGCACAAUUAUUUCGUGACAAAUCGAUUAAUUUAUAUACUCGGGGUUUCGAUAUUACUAUAUUAAAAAAUGAAUGCGUACAAUAAAACUGUGCAGCAUUUUUCUACCUUCCUAACAUAAAUACGUAAUUCCAGCAAGAGAAUUCUUUUACAAAACAACGGUAAAAACCGGAUAUCAUAAUUAUAAUCAUAAUUAUAUUAUACAUAAGUAAAAAUUAUAUAAUAAAUAGAAAACUAGAAUU